GGAGCCGGAGCUGCUUUAUUAUCAGCUGGAGGGAGGAGGAGACGGUGCGUAAAGCGGCGAGCGCGGAGCCCCGAGCCCCGCCGCCGCCGCGAGCUGCGCCUGCCUCCCCGCCCGCUCGCCCUCCCUCCGGCGGGCAGCGCGGCCCGAGCCCCCGCAGGUAGGCGCGCAGCCUCCGCCACCUGCCCCCGCCGCCCCGCGCGUUUUGCAGCAUCAUCGGGAGUAGCCGCGGGGGCAGGCGGUGCCGCUGUCAGCCCGCGGGGCCGGGGGCAGGUGCCGCGCCGCACCGGAGGCCCCGCUCGGCCCUGUGCUCCGCGUCGCCCCCGCCGGCCCGCGCAGUGCCCGGGGCGGACAGCGCCGCGGGGCGGUGUGGCUGCGGCUGCGGCGCGCCCAUGUAAGCGCCGGUCCCGGCUGUCCGCCCGCGGCGCGGAAGGCUGCGCACCCUCCGGCCGAGCGCCCCGGCAGCGGCGGCGGCGCAGGGAGCAGGAGGAGGCCGUCGGGGCAGCGCUGGAGUGAACGGGGACGGCAUGGUGUCCUGGCGGCGGAGGCCGGGACCCGGCCUGGCGCGGCUGUGGUGCCUGUGCUGUUUGGUGCUGGGCUGCUGGCGGGGUGCGCUGGGCUGUCCCGCGUCCUGCCGCUGCAGCUCCUGGCGGAUCUGGUGCACGGAGCCGUCACCGGGCAUCGCCUCCUUCCCCGUGCCGCAGCGGAGCGCCGAGGGCGACAACGUUACCGAGAUUUACAUCGCAAACCAACAAAAAUUAGAAAGUAUCAAUGACAAUGAGGUUGGAUACUAUGUUGGACUUAAAAAUCUGACUGUGGUGGAUUCAGGCUUAAGAUUUGUGUCCCGUCAGGCAUUUGUGAAAAAUGUGAACCUACAAUACAUCAAUUUAUCCAGAAACAACCUCUCAAGUUUGUCCAAGAAGCCUUUUCGCCAUCUGGGUUUGUCUGAUCUGAUAUUGGUGGACAAUCCAUUCAAGUGUUCCUGUGAAAUCAUGUGGAUCAAGAAAUUUCAAGAGACCAAGUUUUACACAGAAACUCAGGAUUUAUAUUGCAUAGAUGACAACAACAAGAAGACAGCCUUGCUGGAUAUGAAGGUCCCAAACUGCGACUUGCCCUCAGCAAACUUAAGCAAUUAUAACAUCACCGUGGUGGAAGGAAAGAGCAUCACAUUGUACUGCGAUACUACGGGAGGACCACCUCCAAAUGUGUCCUGGGUGGUAACUAAUCUUGUUUCAAACCAUGAGAGUGACACAAAUAAGAACCCUGCCUCACUAACCAUAAAGAAUGUUUCAUCCAUGGAUAGUGGACUGUGGAUUUCCUGCGUAGCAGAGAACAUUGUGGGAGAGGACCAAGCCUCUGCUGAGCUCACGGUAUUCUUUGCACCAAAUAUCACGUUUAUUGAGUCUCCAACCCCGGACCACCACUGGUGUAUUCCAUUCACUGUGAAAGGGAACCCUAAGCCCACACUGCAGUGGUUCUAUGAAGGAGCUGUACUGAAUGAGUCUGAAUACAUCUGUACUAAAAUACAUGUUAUCAAUCAAAGUGAAUACCAUGGCUGCCUUCAGCUGGACAAUCCUACACACCUGAAUAAUGGUGCUUAUACUUUACUGGCAAAGAAUGAUUAUGGAGAGGAUGAAAAACGGGUUGAUGCUCAUUUCAUGUCAGUGCCUGGAGAUGGUAGUGGCCCAAUUUUGGAUCCAGACGUUUAUGAGUAUGAAACCACGCCUAAUGAUCUUGGAGAUGCCACAAAUAACAGUAAUCAAAUCACUUCUACGGAUGUUUCCAACAAAGAGAAUGAAGAUAGCAUCACUGUGUAUGUUGUAGUGGGAAUUGCAGCAUUGGUGUGCACUGGCUUAGUAAUAACACUCAUUAUUCUGAAGUUUGGAAGACACUCCAAGUUUGGAAUGAAAGUUCAUGGUGAAGUAAAAGGAGUUGGUCUGGUAGAUCAAAUAUGGCUUUCAUUGCAAGACUGCGACAAUGAAGGUCCUUCUUCAGUUAUCAGCAAUGAUGAUGAUUCUGCCAGUCCCCUCCACCACAUCUCAAAUGGCAGUAACACUCCAUCUUCUUCUGAGGGGGGUCCUGAUGCAGUCAUCAUUGGGAUGACGAAGAUUCCUGUUAUUGAAAAUCCCCAGUAUUUUGGAAUUACCAACAGUCAGCUCAAGCCAGACACUUUUGUGCAUCAUAUCAAGCGCCACAAUAUUGUUCUCAAAAGAGAACUGGGAGAAGGAGCCUUUGGGAAAGUCUUUCUGGCAGAAUGCUAUAACCUGUGUCCUGAGCAGAGCAAGAUCUUGGUGGCAGUGAAGACACUGAAGGAUGCCAGUGACAAUGCCCGCAAGGACUUCCACCGUGAGGCAGAGCUGCUCACUAACCUGCAGCAUGAGCACAUUGUCAAGUUCUAUGGUGUCUGUGUUGAGGGUGAUCCGCUCAUCAUGGUCUUUGAAUAUAUGAAGCAUGGAGACCUUAACAAAUUCCUCAGGGCACAUGGACCAGAUGCAGGACUGAUGGCAGAAGGCAACCGUCCUACUGAGCUGACCCAGUCCCAGAUGCUUCACAUUGCCCAGCAGAUUGCAUCUGGUAUGGUUUACCUGGCAUCACAGCACUUUGUGCAUCGGGAUCUUGCUACUCGGAAUUGUCUGGUUGGUGAAAACCUACUGGUGAAGAUUGGGGAUUUUGGGAUGUCUAGAGAUGUGUACAGCACAGACUACUAUCGGGUUGGGGGUCACACCAUGUUGCCCAUUCGUUGGAUGCCUCCAGAGAGUAUAAUGUACAGGAAAUUCACCACAGAAAGUGAUGUCUGGAGCCUGGGUGUUGUAUUAUGGGAAAUCUUUACUUACGGCAAACAGCCAUGGUAUCAGCUCUCAAACAAUGAGGUGAUUGAGUGCAUCACUCAGGGCCGAGUCCUGCAGCGACCUCGCACAUGCCCAAAGGAAGUGUAUGACUUGAUGCUGGGCUGUUGGCAACGGGAGCCUCACAUGAGGCUCAACAUCAAAGAAAUCCAUUCCCUCCUCCAGAACUUGGCCAAGGCAUCUCCAGUCUACUUGGAUAUUUUAGGCUAAAGUCUCCUAGCAUUUCUUCUUCUGGGCUGCAGGAAUGAAUGUGUUCAACUGCCGCUGAACUCCAUUAAAAUGUGUUCCUAACUUUGACAGUAUUAAUGACAAAGUUGCGGAGAAGCUUUCAAAGGGCAAGCAAUGUGCACUUCUCCAUCUGUAGACACAGUAUUGACUUUUUAGACAUUACUGAGAUGUAUCUUCUCUCUCUCUCAGUUUCUAUCUUUUUUUUCCUUCUCUCCUGUCUUUCUAAUCAAUUUGGCUUCUGCAUUCUUGUAACUCUGCAUAGACAAAGGCCUUAAAAACCUGAUCUGUUAUAUCAGCAGACUCUUCAGUUUGCCCACCACAACUAACAAUGCCUUGUUGUAUUCAUGCCUUUGAUGUGGAUGAAAAAAAGGGAUAAAUAUAUUUGACUAAAACUUUGUGAUUUCUGCAGUACAGCUACUGGGAGUUUCUAUGGACUCACCUCAUUUUUUUUGCUUUGACCUGUGGGUGGAAAAAGAAGACUGGUGUUCUCUACAUGAAGAAUGUUCUUUGCAGAGAUAAAGCCAGAUGGAAAGAAGACAUUCUUGUGUGAUACACUGUCUGGAGGAACUUGAGAAUCAGGUGGCAUCCAACACUACAAGAAAACACUGAAAUUAUUUGAUGGAAGGCAAGAGGGGAUCUAGCAAUUUCCUUGAAGAGUCCUUCUGAGGACUGAAAGGAUUGUUUAAGGAGGUGCUUUGCCAGCACCAUUCAUUGCCAGAAUCAAGUAAAAUGAAAAAAGAUGCUGCCUGCACUGCACACAGUUGUGUUACAACACGAUAAACUAAACACAUGCCCUUAUUUUGUCUUCUGCUAAGAUAAUGUCAUGCCACUGGUGUAAAAAUGUUCUCCAGGUAGUCUUUUUUAGUGAAGACUGAAGCUAGACUUAGUGAUAUACAGUAUUAAUUUCAUGAUCACAUGCUGAAGCUAAGGAUUUUGAUAAGAUAGGAUGAGCUAUAGAUGCUGGGGCAGAUGUAUCUUAUACUGUGCUUGUCCAGCAGCAUAUUCCUUCCUUCCUUAAUCCCUUUCUUUUUUUUAACCGUGCAAUUAAAACUGUGCAUGGUCUUUGUCAAUUAAUGCCCUUUGUGCAGAAAUGAUCACUCAUCUUGUAGUACACCCUAGUAGGCAUAGCAAACUCAUUUCGAUAUUUCAUUAGUAGGGGCUAAUGGUGGACAUUAGCCAUGUUAAAAUGCCUUUACAAUGUUACAGAUACUAUAGGCUGAUAUAACAUAAAUAAUCUAAAGCACGGAGAUCACUGGUUAUGUUUGAGACAUAGCAGGGGAUAAAGAUCUCUAGAAAAAAAAAAUUACUCUGUGGUUAUGGCUUGCUAUUCAGAGUGCAAAUAUUCUGAGCUCAGCACCAUGUUUGUAUUGGUACUAUUGCUGUCAUAACCAACAUCCACACUUUCUUAAAUGAUUUAUUUUUGUUUGGAUUGGCAUUGUAUAUGUACAACAUUUGCAUGGCCACUGUGUUGAUGACAGCUGCAUGGGCAUACUUGUUGUUUUUCAAACUAGAAGUUGACAAUUUGAAAUUUAGAGUUAGGAUUAUUUUUAAUAUAAAUUCUUACAAAUGAAAACCUACCUUACCUAUUCCUCAAGACUUUUGCCUCCCUCUGUGAGGGGGCGUUAUUGCAAAAAAGUGAUCUUUCUUUCCAUUUUCUCUUUUUAUUAUUUCUUAUUGAUAUGAGCCAGAUCAAAAUAGUUCAUCUUCGUGUUGGGGAUAUUUUAUUUAAUAAAUUAAGCAUUUUAUUUUUGUAAGUGUUCCCAUAGCACAUUUAAUAUAUAAUUUGCUUGCAUGUAUUAUUUAUUGAGGCACUUUAAGUUUUUCCUUCAGAAGCUUUUAGAGCUAGCUUAUAAAGAUUCUGAACAUUUUCAGAAGAAAACAGUUCACUGGACACUGAUGAAGUUUUACCCUUCUCAAUGUCAUUGAAAAGGCAGCAUUACAAAUAAACAUGACAGUGUAACUAUAAAGCCAUACUCAGUAUUUCUUUAAUAAACUAGAUGUUAUUUCUUAACACUACUGAACUGGAAACACAUAAAAAGCCAGAGGAAGAUUCCUACAAAAUGGGCCUUAAGAUUUUAUCUAGACUGUCUUGGAAGUUCUCACAGAAAAUUAGAUAAAGACUGAGCACCCACUGAAACCCAUUCUCUUGAGAAUAUGAAUGUUGUGUUUUAAAGGAAUUUGAAAAUUAUUUUCAAAAUAACAGUGAUGGAAAAGAAAGAUACCAGAGUACUCUCUUACUGUGCAGUGGGAGGAGGAUGCAGGUGGUGGAGGGGGCUGCUAAGUUUCUACCUGCAUAUUCUGUCAUAGUUUCUUAUGAGCUGAAGAAAAAGGCAUCUGAGAUGAUACUUCUACUGGAAAACAGGCUCCAGCCCAAAAGCAAGCAUGUGUGUUUUACAAGCACUGAAAGAAUGUAUACCAAAAAUAACCACAAAACCCUGAAAAUGUACUUAGUGGCAUCUUCUUUUUGAUUUACUAGUGAGAAUUUUAGAGUCAUUUCAGAGAAUAAAUAGUAUUAAAAAGCAUUGUGCAAUAACAUAGCAGUAUGUUAAACUCCUAAAGGACCAAAUGUUCUACAGAGCCACAAGUAUGGUUAACCUUGACCUAUAUCCUUAAUGUUCUUGAUAGUGCAUAAAAUGUAUAAUCACAGUAAAAAGCUAUAAACUGUAGCUAUACAUAGUUUGCGUUUGUUCAUGAAAAGGUGGGUAAAUUUAGCAGAAUGAGCAGAGAAGAAAAAGAAAUAUGUUCAAAUCUCAAUGGAGGGUGAGUAUAUGUGCAUAUUCAUCAUGCUUGCACUGUCAGGUAAAUCGUGUACACAGUAAAUAUGACAAUCAGGCUCAUUUAAAAAGUCUUUCUGGACUGUGCUAUGAACUGAUCAUAUAUAAAAUAUAUAUAAUAUAUCUGUGUUUGCAUAUGGCAUAUAUAUAUACACACACAUAGCAUAUACAUGUAUGCCUAUGUCUGUUGUAUUUUACUUAUAUAUGUGCAGACAUGCAUGCACAUUAUGUAUGGGCUGUGUGUAUAUGUAUAAAUUUACAUACACCUAUGUUAUUACAAAUUAUGAUUAGAGUGCUAUUAAUAAAUUGAUAAAGUCUGCUGAGUAACCAAAUUUUUUUCUUUUGAUAUUUCUUUUUCUAUGUUUGUAAGAUUCAGCUUUCUAACUGGUGAGCAGCAGAGGCAGUGUUAGAAUGCCUGAGAUCCAAUAACGAGCACUUUUCUUCCCGAGAUGAUUGCAUAAAAAUGUUUCUUCCAUUCCCAUCUCACUUGUUGAUUUCUCACAGUGAAACGAGCAGAUAAGCUUCCAAACUCAGAAAACAAAGUUUGUUUUACUGUCAUUUCUGGGUUUGUGCUACUGUUGUUUUAUUUCCUAGAAUAACAGUGCAGCUCCAUUAGCAUUUUAUAGUUGUCUGCAGUAACAAAAUUCCACAAAUGAGCUGGACUAUUCAAACUACAGCAUGACUUGUAGAAGAAGAACACCAACGUUCAGGAUCAAUAACAGUAGCAUUCAGCGCACUCUGUCCUUCACUCUCAGUAGAUCCACAGAAUUUAGAAGUGACCAUGGAGAACAGAUAAAGCAACAGCACCCUGAUGCCUGAUGGACUGUACCCUCUUUAAAAGGACUGUAUUUGUUUUGACCUGUAAAACAAUAUAUCUGUAUAGUGUCUACAGUUUAAUAAGUAGCUUCCUAGUUUUCUCUUUUUCUUUCCUUUUUUGUCCUUUCUUGUUAUUUCUUUAUCACUUUCUUUACUUCUUUCUCUUUUUCUGACCUUCCUUUUCUCCUUCUUUCCUUCUUUUAUAUUUUCCUUUCUCUCUCUUUCCCUCUCUUUCUCUCACUGCACCCUCUCCACCUUUAUAAGAGAUUGUGGUUGAUAUAGACUUUUACAAAACACUUUAAAAAGAAAUUAAAUAACCCUAAUAAAAUUAUUAGAUCACUGGGUGACUAAGGUAUAAUGCACGUAUAUAAGAACAAGUCCACGUCCGGGUUGUUGCAGCCUGUUGCUAAAUUUCAAAUACUGCUAUAAAACAUGAGGGAGAGGAAUGGGGAGGGACUGGGAAUCAAGGUCAGGAUUUCUAGGUUUUGAUAGCACAGGAAUUUGUAUUUUCUUAUUGUGAGGGCUGGGAUGAACCACUGCUGCUUUGAAUAAAAGGUCCUUUAGAGCCUUAGUUUAAACACCUUUAUUUGUGUGGCAUGGGGGGAUGUGCUACAUUCAUCACAAAUGUGAAGGAAAAAAAAAAAGCUACAUGUUGCAGGGAAAACACUGUGAAAUUCACAAAGGUAACCAAGUGACUAUUCUGCCAUCUUUUUAACAUAUGUCUCAGGAGAAGAAAUGGGAAAUGAUGGGUGUGUUAUUUUACCGUCUAUGCAUUCUGGACAAGGUCUGUGGGGAUUUUUUGUUUGCUUGUACAAGGUUCUGAGUGAUAACCGGCUGAUGUUUUAUAAACAGUGAAUACUUCAAGCAAGGAUUGUAGAAGCUGCUUGUAGUGAGGCCAUUGUUUGGAAUAUGUGAGAAAACAGAAUAAAUCAAAUCUUUCCAGAGGCCUAAUUCUUGCAGCUUAUAUGUAUCUUUCUGUAACUUAAAGAAAAGCAGCUAAGAAUGUUUUAUAUACAAGUAAUUUAAUUCAACAUUGAUGUUUAAUUGAAUCACCAAUAGAGAGAGAAUCAAUUAAUUAUGAAAUAUUUGUCCCAGCCCUGCUCUCCACCUAUACUUUAUGUAUAUAUAUUUCUAGAUAUCACUCUCUUUGUCACUUAAGGAGGAAGGUAUCUACAUACAAAUAUAAAACUCUAUAUUGUCACCAAACUGUGACCUGGUGUGUAGAGCUCUCUUUCUCCUUUAUUUUUUCCUUUUUUAAUUUAAUGUGAUGUCUCCGUGGAAAUAUUUAGUGGUUCUUGUUUUGCAGUUUGUUACAAGUAGUCAUUGCUUUAAAACUUUCAUUGCAUCUUGGCUGAUUUCAAAGUGAUGCCUAGGUAUCAGUGUUAAAAGUUUUGUUUGUGAAUCAUGUGAUCAGCUUCUCUCAACAUGACAUGGAAAGUCUCUUGUAUUACAGUGUAUUUAAUAAAAAUUAUGUCUUAAAAUAAACAGUGUCAUCCAAAAGAAAGAUAAAAUAGUUACUUUAAAACACUAAAAA